AUGGCACUGGUACUGAGCCUCUUGGUAUUCCGGCUUCUCCGCAUGCCGUCGGGCAUUCGUGGCGCACAGACACCACCGCUUCCCUCCCACUAUCGAUCCUCGAGCCCACCUCCCACGGCACCGCCCCAUCAUCACCACCAUCUGCACCACCACCGAGGCUCACCCCGUAGCAGCCACUCUGGCAACAGCCAGGUCGUCCUGUCGCGCAACGAAGGCUACGUUGCCGUGGAUCCAGGUUCAGCCUCCAACACAGACACGGAGAGCGAUAUUGAGACGGAGGUUGUUGUCAUGGAGCCCUUGGCCCCGCUGGAGAUUAACAACAUUGCCGAUGUCUUGCGUCUGCCCCACAUCCAUGAGCUAGCCCUCGCGUACAUGUGUCUCAAUGCCCUUCGAAUGUUUCGGGGCCGGCGCGUGUUGGCUUGUCACUUUGCACUGGCGCUGUCAGCUGUGGCAACCCUCUUGCUCUACUUGACACAGCAGUGGAUAGUGCUGGCUUGUUUCUUCUUGAUCAUCAUGGGUGGUGGGAGCGGCGGUACCGAUGUUAUCCUCUCCACGUCAAUGGCCAUCGACUUGGGGCGGGAAGCGAAUUGCAUUACGCUUGUGGCAGGCUACAUUGGGGGCAUGGGCGCGCUUGGCGCCAUGUUACAGGCGCCCGUUGUCUCGCUUUGUCUGUAUUUGGGCGGCAAGUCGGGCGUGCUGUGGGCCAUGAUUUUGCUCACGGUUGCUGCAAGUGCCUCGGUCUCGCGGGCGCGAGCCUUGGACACCAAGCGCAGUCUCAGCGUGUCGCAAUUGUCUGCCAAGGCUGCGCAGUAG